UGUCAAGUUCAGCACAGUUUUUACUAUGCUUUUCAUUUUUCACUCUUCUGAUAGGGUACACAUGUAUAUACGUCAGUGAAAAGAUGUUUAUAGCUUGUUAUGUGUUCAUCCAACAAAAUGCGAUGUUCUGUCUUACAGCUCAAAUGAUAAGGUACAUGAAAGAGACCCAAGGUGGGAACCAAACAGAAGUGACAGAGUUUAUUCUCUUAGGACUCUCAGACAAUCCAGAUCUACAAGUUAUCCUUUUUGUAUUGUUUCUAUUAAUCUAUAUGGCUACUAUAGUAGGCAAUUUGGGGAUGAUCUUGCUGAUUAAGGUUGAUUCCUGUCUCCACACUCCCAUGUACUUCUUCCUCAGCAGCCUCUCCUUUGUUGAUGCUGCCCACUCUUCUUCUGUGACUCCCAAGAUGCUGAUGAAUCUUGUGACUGAGGAUAAGACCGUUACUUUCAAUGAAUGUGCUGCCCAAUUCUACUUCUAUGGCUCCUUCCUUGGGACUGAGUGCUUCCUGUUGGCUAUGAUGGCAUAUGACCGCUACUCAGCCAUUUGGAACCCCCUGCUAUACCCAGUUCUCAUGUCUGGGAGAAUUUGCUUCAUACUAGUGGCUACCUCAUUCCUUGCAGGCUUUGGGAAUGGAGCCCUUCACACAGGGAUGACUUUUAGAUUGUCCUUUUGUAGAUCUAAUCGAAUCAACCAUUUCUACUGUGAUAUUCCACCUCUGCUUGAAAUCUCUUGCUCUGACAUCUACAUCAAUGGCAUUGUUACCAUGGCUUUCUCCACUUUUAAUGUCAUCAGCUCUGUUGUUACUGUCCUUUUUUCCUACCUGUGUAUCCUCAUCGCCAUCUUGAGAAUGCCCUCAGUAGAAGGCAGGUACAAAGCCUUCUCCACCUGUGCCUCCCAUCUCACUGCUGUCACCAUAUUCUUUGGGACGAUUCUUUUCACUUACUUGCGCCCAACAUCUAGCUACUCAAUGGAGCAGAGCAAGGUUGUCUCUGUCUUUUAUACUGUGGUGAUACCUAUGCUGAAUCCCCUCAUCUACAGUUUGAAAAAUAAGGAUGUGAAAGAGGCCCUAAAGAAGGUCUUACAGAAAACCAUACUGUGA